GAGAGUGAGAGAGAGUUCAAAUUUAAAUUGCUCAGAGUGUAGAGUGUAGCCAGCACUUGUGCCAAUCGUUAGAGGAAAAAGUAUUCCGAUGAUCGUAAACAUGGCCUCGCGGAACAAUCGCUCCAUUCGGCGAGUUUUAACAAAAUUAGAAGCGACGAUAGAUUCGGGAAAUUAUUAUGAAGCUCAUCAAAUGUACAGAACUUUGUAUUUCAGACUUCUUGGGCAGAAGAAGUAUUCUGAACUCUUGAAAUUACUCUACAAUGGUUCCUGUAUUUUAUUACAGCAUGAACGACAUGCAAGUGGAGCUGACUUAGGAAUUUUAUUUGUAAAUGUUUUAACACAAUCAGGGACAGAGCCUUCUGAAGAAUAUUUUGAAAAGAUAAUAAACUUGUUUAGUUUAAUGAGUCCUUUGUCACCUGAAAGAGAUGUAUUUGUACAAUCUGCUCUCCGAUGGAGUAUAAAGGCUACAGAACAUAAAAUCGGUCAUCCAGAUUUACAUCAGAAGAUAGCACAUGUAUUUUGGAAAGAAAAAAAUUAUCCAAUGGCACGACUACAUUUCAUAUAUAGUAAAGACGGUUUUGGAUGUGCCGAGAUGCUUGUCGAGCUUCACGAACAACGAGGCUAUACGAAUGAAAUAGACCUUUUUAUAGCUCAAGUAGUUUUACAAUAUCUCUGUCUACAAAAUAAGGCAACCGCGCAAGAAGUUUUCGAUUAUUACACUACGCAACACCCAAAAAUAAAUAGUGGUCCCCCAUAUCUUCUUCCAUUAUUAAACUUUUUAUUUUUUUUACUAAAAACAAUCGACAGUGGUAAACUUGCAGUGUUCACGGUACUUUGCGAACAAUAUCAAAUAUCUUUAAAUAGAGAUCCAUGCUAUCGGCACUACUUAGAUAAAAUAGGGCAAUUAUUUUUUAACGUUCCAUCUCCGCGGCCCCGUAAUCAAGGAUUGUUCAGUACACUUCUGCAGACUUGUUUCCAUGGUCUUGACGAAGGUUCAGAUGAUGAACAGAGAAACACGGCUUCAACUUCCCAAGUGGUACAAGAGCUUGACUAAUUACACAUCACUGUGCAACGUGAUGAAAGUAAUGAGUUUAUAUACAUAUAUGUAUAAUUAGCAUCCCACAUAUUUUCAAUGUACGAUCUAUCCGAUCUCUAAAACUUAACAUUGAAAUUAAUUUUCUUAAAUAACUUGUACAGAUAUAUAUGUAUUUAAAGUGUAAGGAUAUGUGGGAUGCAUUCUUAAAGAAAUUUUUCAAAGUUGUAAGUUGUGUACUGUUCCCAAAAGUCCGACUGAUCAGAAGGUAAAUCAAUAUAUGAACAUUAAUGCUGAAUAAUUCUUUAUGCACAUGUAGGCGUUUUCUUUUCAAUCGUCAAGGUUUAUUCCGAUAUCGCAUUCGAGGUCGAUUUCCAAAUUGUACACACAAAAUCUGUCAUUUGAUUACUACACAUGUAUUAUGAGAUUUGAACACAAACUUGAACUUUGAAUAAAAUCUUUGUACUAAUGAUAAUCGUAUAUCGUAACGUAUAUUCAGAGGCAAAUGUGUAUUUGAGUGUAACUGCUGAAAUGAAGAAUUAUUUUAAUAUAAACUUAACCGUGUGACAAAUAGACGUGACAUAUACAUAUUAUAGUUGCAGAGAUCGAGUGCUUAAACGAUGUUACUUGUUGCUAGGAUAGUAAAAUGGAUAAAAACGUUAGUCGUAGCAGCAAGUAAAAAAUAUUUAUUUAUCAGACUUUACUAAUAUAAACUCUGUAUCAUUGAAAAAAUCUUAGCGAGAAAGGGCGUAUAAUGUCUAUUUAGUUAUAAAAAACGGCCAUUACUCUGUAACAAAGCACCUUUCAAUACUAAUAAGAAUAUUGUAUAAUUGUAUCGAAUUGACAAGGAUAGAUAAAUGCACGACAAAGGAUAAAGAGUUACAAUAAGAAUACGCGUAUACAAAUCUGUGUAUUCUUGUAUAAUUACGUAGUAUAAGGCAAACAGAAUAUAUAUAUGUAUACAUACAUUAAAGAUUUAAUUUUCCAUAAUUUGUGUGGACAGAAAACGAAUUGUACAAAUAAUCAAUGAUUUGUUACGUGGCAUAUAUGGUUACAUCCUUAAUAAGAAAUUAAUAAAUUAAAUUUUGUUAAAGAAAUAGACUUUCAUACAAUAUCUUGCAAAUGUAAUUGUUUCCCACGGCAAUAUUCUAAUGUAUGGACUUACUUACGUUAUCCAAAAAAUUCAUAUCGUACAUUUUCAAUAAAGAAAAAUUAAUCCUUACGUAA